AUGCGACUGUUGAUAGUGUGUGGUCUUAUAGUGUCGGUCGGCGUUGCCGUCUGCCUAGGGUUCGGUUUGGACGUUCGAAAUGAUCACGAACAUCAUGAACUGGACUGGUGGGAAGGUGGAGUGUUCUAUCAGAUCUAUCCACGAUCGUACAAGGACAGUGAUGGGGACGGUGUUGGGGACAUCAAAGGAAUCACGGAAAAUCUCGAACAUCUGGUGGAGCUCGGCGUCGAUGGAGUGUGGUUCAGUCCGCUGUUUCGGUCGCCAAUGGCUGACUUUGGGUAUGACAUUUCCGACUUUCGGGAUGUUGAUCCGAUUUUCGGAACGAUCGAAGAUUUGGAUCGGUUGAUUGCAAAAUCGAAGCAACUUGGAGUGAAAGUGAUUUUGGAUUUCGUACCGAAUCAUAGCAGUGAUGAGCAUGAGUGGUUCCAGAAGGCGCUAGAGGGUGAUCCAAAGUAUCGGGAAUAUUACACGUGGCGUGAUGGACGGGUUGUGAAUUCUCAGGAGCAGCCACCAAACAAUUGGGUUGCCGUUUUCCAUACACCAGCCUGGACGAAACCAGUUGGGCAGUCGAUGUACUAUCUGCACCAGUUUGAUAAGAAGCAACCGGAUCUGAACUAUCGCAAUGAGGAGGUUAAGAAGGAAAUGGACGAUAUGAUUAAAUUUUGGUUGGACAAAGGGGUGGAUGGGUUCCGAAUUGACGCAAUCAAUCACGUUCACGAGGAUCAGAAGUUUGAUGAUGAGCCUGUCAUCGACGAGAACUUGCCUCUGUCGUAUGAAAAUCUUGAUCACAUUUAUACUAGGGAUUUGGAGGAAAAUUACGAAAUAAUCUAUUCUUGGAGAGAUCUGUUCGAUUCGUACAAGCAAGUCGACAACCAUACGCGUUUCAUGAUGACUGAAGCUUACACCUCUUUGGAGAAUCUGAUGAAAUGGUUCGGACAGGGUGACCGUCGUGGAUCGCAUAUGCCGUUCAACUUCGACUUUGUCAUGGAUAUACGCAACGAAUCCCGAGCAGAGGACUACAAACGGUUAAUCGAUGGGUGGAUUGCAGCGAUGCCUGAGUAUGGAACUCCAAAUUGGGUGCUGGGAAAUCAUGACCGUCCUCGGGUGGCUUCCCGUUUCGGCAGAGAUCGGGCAUCGGGAAUGGCCAUUCUAGAGAUGUUGCUGCCUGGAAUCGCUGUGGUGUACUAUGGCGAGGAGAUUGGUAUGGAAGACAACCGGGACAUCACCUGGAAUGACACGCAGGAUCCGCAAGCUUGCAACACCAACCCGGACGUCUUCCAGGAGCACACCCGCGAUCCGGUUCGUACGCCAUUCCAGUGGGAUGACUCCGCGAAUGCAGGAUUCUCACCCGCAGACGCCAAAAACGACACUUGGCUUCCGGUGCAUCCCAACUAUCGGGAGCUGAACCUUGCAGCCCAGAAAGCGGCUCCGAAGAGUAUGUUCAAGCUGUACAAGGAGUUGAUUCAACUGCGUAAGGAACAUACCUUCCGUCACGGUGAUUUAAAAACAUACUCGUUGAUCAAUAAUGUGUUUGCAUUCACCCGGCGCCUGGUUGACCACAAAAACUACGUAGUCGUGGUGAACGUCAACCCGAAUGAGGUCAAUGUGAACCUGAAACAUUUGAGUGAUGACAUGACCAGAGCUAAGGUGGUGAUCGCAUCACUGGACGCGGAGUUACAAAAGGAUGAUGAAGUUGAAGACGUGGAGAACAUCGUUCUCGGAAGGUACAACGCUGUGGUGUUUGAAACAAGCGGAACUGCUGUGAUUAGGAUGUCUAUUGCGCUUCUUUUGGCGUCAGUUUUUCGUUUCGUUUUUGUUUGA